AUGACAAUGUGGCUCACAUCGCUCAUUCUCAACUAUGGGGCACCAGUGUUCCUCGUACUCUCACCCUUAACGUCAUAUUCAGAUCAAAUAUACAGCAUACAUAAGACGAAAAGCUCUGCUGGAUUUUCGCUGGAUAUCCCCCUGAUAAUGCUCGUAGCCUCGAUUUUAAAGGUGUUCUAUUGGUUUGGCGCCCGCUACUCGAAUGCGUUACUCUUCCAAGCAAUCAUCAUGAUUGGCGUACAGCUGGUUUUGUUAAAAGUGGCCUUAGAUAAUCGAGCAUCAGCCGGAAUAAGAGACGGGAUUGAACAUGCGCCAUUCAGCGGCCAAAAAGCAGGAGUCAUUGGCAUGAACUUGUCGAGACCGUAUAACUUCUGGCAGUGGCGAGCCAACCGACCAUACUGGACAUUUCUCUCCUACUUCGUCGUGUCUUUAUUGGUCAUCCAUGUCGUUUUCCAGCCCAUCUCGCGCUCGGAGCACUAUGUUGCGCUCUUGGGCUUUGCCGGCCUCGGUGUUGAAGCUUUCCUUCCCGUACCACAGAUAAUAUCCAACCAGCGCGCACAAUCUUGCAAGGGUUUCCGGCUGUCUGUGCUCGGGUCAUGGAUUCUCGGAGACGCGAUGAAGAUGGGAUAUUUUUUCUUCACCGGCGAUUCCGUUCCAUGGGCUUUCAAGCUCUGUGGGAUUUUGCAAUGUUGCUGUGACUGCUAUCUUGGAGUGCAAUAUUGGAUGUUUGGGCAUGGUGUUCCGGUGAAACACGAUGUGGAGAGGGUUGCCUCCGCGAACGGUUUUGAACAUGGAAAUGAUAGGUGGGAUAUGAAAGCUACGGAUGUACGAUUAUCAUAA